AUGACAACAAUAUAUGUAUCCUUAUAAUUAUCAGUUUUACCUCAUAAAAAUCUAUACGGAGAUGAAGUAAAAACAGAUACUAAAGCUUUAGGUGAGCUUUAAAAAGGAGUUACUACAUAAGAUAGGCGUAAAUUUGAGUUAAUAUUGAAAUCAGGUUCUUUAGGAUCAAAUAUGCCUUUUAGGGCUCCAGUAUAUACAAGUUAUAAAGACGUAAUAUAGUCGUUAAAAAAUUAGGGAUUUUAGGGAUUUUAUAAAGGCAAUUUAUUAAGUUUAUUUUAUUAAGUUAUAACAGCAAAUUUACGUUAUGAAACUUUAGGAAUGUAAUAAUAUUAAGAGAUAAUAAAUAUAUUUAUAUUUUUAUAUAUUUAAGCUUUGGGUAUUAUUUGCGCUAUAGAUGUUAUUUGUUAACCUAUUUAGCUUUUAUCUACACGUUUUAUACUUUAAAAUAGAAUACCGGAAUUUAGUACAUAUAAAAGUAUAAUGUUCGCACUUAAAAAACAUAGAAAUAGACCCAAGGAAUUAUUAUAAGGUGCUAGUGGUUAAUGUGGCAAAAAUGUUGUUUAAUUAUUAAUUAAUAAUGUAAUUGGGUCAAGUGGAAAUAUAUAAAGUUAUUUAAUUUCCAGUUUUAUAGGACAUUUAACUGUUUAUCCGAUUUUGACUGCUGUUAGAAGACUAGAAUGCUAAUCUAAAAUUGCUGGAAUGAUUCCUAAAAGAUAUGGAGGAACUUGGCAUGCAAUAAGGCUUAUUAAUUAAGAAGAGGGAUUAAAAGGACUAUAUAGAGGAUUUAUUGGAUAUAGUAUAGCAAAUUUGAUUUCUACUUAUAGUGUUUUGUCGUUAAAUAAAUAUGUUAAUAGCGCUAUAGAUUAAUGA